AUGGAGGACAAGCCCAACCCCCCGCACGCGCAGAAGCUCACGAGCGUGCAAGUCAAUGUGGAGGGGCUGAAGAAGGUGAAAGGAGAAAAGUUGAACUUCCUGUUCGAAGAUAUAAAAAAAAGCGCAACGGUGGAGGACCUCUUCUUUCACAUUAACAAAUGUAAUGAAAAAAUCCAUCGACUAAAUGUGUUCGCUGAUGCUCCGCUCAUCAACCUAAGGAGCUUGACAGAGACAGAUGUGGAGGUGAAGUACACACUGCGUGAGCAAAGCAACAACUAUGUUAUAGGGACCAAUGUAAACAACAGAGGAGAAGUAACGGCCGAUUUAGAAAUAAAUAUACCUUACCUGCUCAAAACGAUAAACAGUUUUCAGCUCAAAGCUAAUAUAAGUAGCUUGUACACAAAUAAUUUUGGUAUGCGAUUUGUUUUCCCCCACCUAACUAACCUAGCAAAUUUAAAAUUAAUUCUUGAGGGCAACCUCAGCAGCUUAAGUAAUACACAACAUGGGUCCUACUUGGUGAAGACCAACUCGCUUAAAACAUUCCUCGUAGGAGAAAGGCACACACUCAUUUGGGACGUAAAUUUUAAUACACUCUUUCAACGCAUAAGUCAAAAUUAUAUUCCCUCAGAGACCAUGUUAAAAAUGCCACACAAGUAUAUAAAACAUACUUUACGCCAUGUGUACAAACGGGACGCUCUGGGUUACGGCUGGCCAAAGGAAGUAUUACAUCCACAGGGGGGUCGUCAUGGUCCCCUUGAAGAGGUACCACAUGGACACAUCGAUGAAGGAAGCCCCAACCCAUCUCAGAUCGUGGAGCACACAAACUACCCCACGUCAGGAUACCUAUACCAAAUGGAAAGCGAAUUCUCCUUGCCAUUCUGCGAAGCGAAUUUUUUUAAAAACCAUUUAUACUACCUAUUUGUGAAGAGACUCCGUGAAAAUUUUUUAACCUAUGUAAGCUUUACCAAUGGGGUGAAAUAUGAUUUUAAUAAAGCCAACCCGUACCAACUAGGGGCCUUCCACUUCAGUGGAAGUGUCGGCAGCUCCCUAACCUUCAGAGGCUUCGAACACAACAGCAUUGGGGACACAGAUGUGGGUUACAAGUUUGAUAAAAAAAAAGGAGAGUACCGCAUUUCUUAUAAUUACUUGGGGGCCAACUUCAUCACCAGCUUUCAAUUCUUGUGUAAAUAUAUUUUGAAGAUGCAGAAUUUCAAUCCCAUUUUAUUCUUUUAUGUUCAGGUGGGACGACUAGGAAAUCAUUUUUUUUCUUCCUUUGAGCAGCUAAAGAGAGACUUGAGAGUGUCCACUGGGAUCGGACUCAUGACAUACAUACAGAAGAAUGUCUCGCUGGAAGUUUUUUUUAAUUUCCCCUUUUUGCACCACUUGAAUGACCGCACCAAGUACUUCCAGGUGGGAUUAAACUUUAAGGGCAUGUUGUAG